UCAGCACCGGUGACGGCAUUUAAACGGCGAGUGAUGGUGGAGCCACAGCGAUCAGUUUGAAGAGUGGCGAAGCAGCUCCUUGUAGUGUAUCUUGUCUCUUGCACGUGUAUUACCGCUGGUGCCGGCCAUUAUCAUCAUGUCUCUACACACUAACCUGCACCCUGUGCUAAAAGGGCCAGAUAAUUUACCAAGAAAGGUCGAAACGAAGUUGCUGCAGGGGCCAAUUUUGCACAGACCAGCCCUAGGAGAAGUUAGCAAUCGUGGAGUGUCGCUCCGGGGACCUAAAGCUCCGUUAAAACCUCUGGAAGUAUCCAAGAGAAGACCCAUCUUGACAAAGCCUGCCAAACCAAGAAAAAGCUUACAGGGUGUACCCAGAGUUUGUGGAAAAGAGAAUGGCAGACAAGCAGUUGCCAACGUGGAGAAAGCGGAGGAGCAGAUGGAUGUGGAGGAAGUGGCCACAGUGGAAGAGUUAUCAAUUGCCUUCUCUACUCAGUGCCUCGAUGUUGAAGAUAUAGAUGCUGAUGAUGGAGAAAAUCCACAGUUGGUGUCGGAGUAUGUGAAUGAAAUUUAUAAAUACAUGAGAGAAUUGGAGGCAAGAAGCAGGGUACGCCCUCGUUAUUUGGAGGGUCAGUUGGUCACAGGGAAGAUGAGAACAAUUCUUAUAGACUGGUUGGUCCAAGUGCAUCUACGUUUCAUGUUGCUUCAGGAAACCCUCUACCUAACUGUGGCAAUAAUUGAUAGGUAUCUUCAGACUGAAAGGACAGUGUCCCGCAAUAAAUUGCAGCUGGUUGGUGUGACAGCAAUGUUCAUAGCAAGUAAAUAUGAAGAAAUGUAUUGCCCUGAAAUUGGUGACUUUGCAUACAUUACGGACAAGGCUUACACAAAGAUGGAAAUUCGUAAAAUGGAAGUGCACAUUCUCACGAAGCUGGACUUCAAUGUGUCCUACCCACUUCCUUUGCACUUCCUCAGAAGAAACAGCAAAGCUGGAUCGGUUGAUGCUGCCCAACACACCCUGGCAAAGUACCUUAUGGAGCUCUGUCUACCAGAAUACUGCAUGUGCCACUAUAUGCCUUCGAUUAUUGCGGGUGCUGCUCUCUGCCUUUCACUAAAAUUGUUGGAUGGCAGUCCUUGGACUGACACACUGAUGUACUAUUCGUGCUACACUGAAGAACAGUUGAUGCCAGUUAUGUGCAAGAUGGCCGCUAUAGUUGUUAAGAGCACCACUACUAAGCAACAGGCUGUGAGACAGAAGUACAAGGCCAUUAAACAAAUGAAAAUUAGUGAUAUUCCUCAACUUCAGUCAGCGACUCUGAAAAAGUUAGCAGAGAAAACUACUCUCACUUAAACAGAUCUGCUAGUUUUUGUACAGAGGAAUUAUUUUCCUAGUAUGUUGUAAAUAUAGUUAAUCUUGUGAUAUUGUAUAUUAUAUAUUCUAUAUGCCAUUUUUAAUCCUAUAAUCCAAUGCAUGACUUGUAAUGAGGCUGUGUAAACAAGCAUGUUGCCUGAAGCACGACUGUUUCCACAGCUGGAGGAGUUAGGCCUGCUUGCUCUUCAUCCAAAACUUUUAAGAUAGGAGACUGUAGGCAUUGUGCCAAGAUAUUAUUUUAUUAGAAUCUAGUUUGAGGAUGUUUAAGUGCUGGUAACUUGAGAAAUGGGUGCUGUAAGAUACUGUAUUCGGUUAAGCUUUUUGUAGUUAACUUUUCAGAACUGGGCGACUUGCACUAGUUGGUUUGUGUUGCCACGAGUGAAUCUUGUGCUCUCCUACCAAAGUAUUUUGUUUACCUAAUUUUAAGUUUUUAAACGUUCUGAAAUUAUUGGCUAUCGAAAGUUUAAUGUGGACAUCGGGAUUGAGUACAGAGAUUUAUCUUAAGAUUUUUUCUGAGCUAUACAUUCUUUAUAUUUUUAAAGGAAGGUGCAAGUAGUGACUUCUCAAUACUUUUCAAGGAACUGCUCAUGUUUUUCAUAAAAUAUUGCUAGUUGUUGCAGGUCCGUUGCUAGAAACUAAGGAGAAUGUUAACACUAAGUUUUAUUGGUUAGGAAGUAUGAAUUGCAUGCACAACUUUAAAAGCGAUUUCCUUGUACAAAAUUAUUUAUUUGGCGCAUGUAUGCCCUGACUCUUUUUAUAUAGCAAGGCGACUUGUUAAUCUUGUCCACAUUCGUAGAUAGUACAGGCAGUAGAUUACCUAAAACCUUUCCAGCAGUAGUAAAUGUUCUGCAUUUAAAUGCCAUGACCGAAGGUAAGAGUAUUUUUAGUUGGUAUCAUUUUGGAUCUAGUUUUUAAACCUUGCACUAGGAACAUGGCAAUAGUGCUUGUAUGCAAAUUGCUUGAAAUGUAGUCUUGCACAUUGUUUUCCUGAUGGGAUGUUUGUAUUGGUCCAUGUACAAAAUCCUGAAAGUCUGUAAAAACAUUCCCUUAGGUUUGAUAAUGUACUUUAUGAAAGGCAGAAUAUUUGCAAAAAUUAAUUGUAUUGUGUAGGUGAGCAUACUCCUCAAACUGGAGUUUGGCAAAUUUGUCAUUAGAGAUGUACUUUAUAAAAGUGAGAGUAGUGUAUGAAUGAUAAACUAGGUUGUCUGGUGUUAUGAAUGUACUGAUAAAUGUAAACAAAUAAAUUUAAUGUCCCAAACGUU